CCACAGCGCCUCGCCGGGCUCGGUAGCGCGGCCGCCGCUCCUCCCCUCACCCACGGGCAGGGCGGGGGGCAGCGCCCCGCUGGCCGCUUCUACCUGUCCCGGAGGAGGAGGAGCCGCGGAGCCAGAGGGACAAAGUUUACUCUGCAAAGUUAGCCGCGGGUGGGAAGAGAAAGGCGGAGAGCGAAGGGGAAGGUCGCUCCCGCCCCGCCGGCCGCAGCAGGGGCUCCCCGAGGAGGCGGACGCAGCGGCGGGUCCGCCCGCCGAGGCGCUCGGAGGCCUGCGGCGGUGACCGGCGAGCGGCUGCGGGGCACGGCCGCCCUCCUGGCCCGCCUUCCUGGGAGAAGCGGCCAGGACCGGGGACGGCCGCCCGGAGGAGCUCCCGCGGGGCUGCCGGAGCUCCCGAGUGCCGCGCCGUGCCCCCGACGAGAAGGAGGCUCCUUCGCCACCCCCUCCGUCGGGACCCCCGCGCCCUGCUCCCCGGCGGCCCCCAUGGCUCUGAGCAAAGGGCUGCGGCUGCUCUGGAAGCAGGAGCCGGGGCCGAGCGCGCUGCUGGAGGCGCGCAGCCGCCAGGACUGCCUGUUGCUGGAGGCCGGCACCGUGGCGGCGCUCACUCCAGAAGAAAAGGAUGUAAUUAAAGGACAGUAUGAAAAACUCAUGGAUGCUUAUGGCUGCUUAGGAGAGCUUCAGCUUAAAUGUGGUAACACUCGGCUGCACUUUCUGGUCCUGGUGACAGGCUGUACAUCAGUGGGAAAAAUCCUGGACGCUGAAGUUUACAAAAUCACUGCAACAGAUUUCUGUCUUCUCCAGGAAGAAACCAAGGAAGAUGAGCGCGUUACUGCCUUGAAGAAAAUAUUGAACUCUGGGAUGUUCUAUUUCUCCUGGCCUAAUGCAGGCUCAAACUUUGACCUGACUGUGCGGGCUCAGAAGCAGGGUGAUAACAACUAUGAAUCUGGUAACUCGUUCUUCUGGAACCAGCUAUUGCACGUGCCCUUCAAACACUACCAGGUGAACUGCUCUGACUGGCUGCUGAAAGUGGUCUGUGGAGUCGUGGACAUUCGCACUGUUUAUGCUUCCCACAAGAAGGCAAAAGCCUGCCUCAUCUCCCGCAUCAGCUGUGAGCGAGCUGGUGUCCGCUUCCACGUCCGAGGGGUCAAUGAUGAUGGACAUGUGUCUAACUUUGUUGAGACAGAGCAGACAAUUUACUUGGAUGAUGAUGUCUCUUCUUUUGUGCAAAUCAGAGGUUCUGUUCCACUGUUUUGGGAGCAAACGAGGCUUCAGGUUGGUUCCCGCCAUUUAAGGCUUAACAGAGGUCUGGAAGCCAAUGCACCUGCCUUUGACAGGCAUAUGAUGCUUCUGAAAGAGCAGUAUGGAAAACAAGUGAUCGUUAACCUAUUGGGAAGCAGAGGAGGAGAGGAGGUGCUCAACAGAGCUUUUAAGAAACUGCUAUGGGCCUCUUCCCAUGCAGAAGACAGUCCCAUGAUAAACUUUGACUACCACCAAUUUGCAAAAGGUGGGAAAACUGAGAAACUGGAAAAUUUGCUGAGGCCUCAGCUGAAGUUGCACUGGGAAGACUUUGGAAUCUUCACAAAGGGCGAGCAUGUAAGUCCAUGUCUGCAGACAGGUACUUUUCGAAUGAAUUGUUUGGACUGCCUGGAUCGUUCUAAUAGUGUACAGUCCUUCGUUGCACAGGAGAUACUGUUUGCUCAAUUAGAGAGCCUUCGUUUGAACUCUAAACCUAUAAUUGAGCGCUUUGUGGAAUCCUUCAAGGAGAUGUGGACUCUCAAUGGUCAAAAUCUGAGCAGAGUAUUUAGUGGCAAUCGUGCUGUUGAGGGGAAGAACAAGGUUGGGAAGCUCAAGGAUGGUGCCCGCUCUGUGUCUCGUACCAUCCAGUCAAAUUUCUUUGAUACGGUAAAGCAGGAAGCCAUCGAGUUGCUGCUCAUGGGUGACUUCUACCGUGAGGAAUAUGCAGACAAAGGCAAGAUGCUCAUGGACCAGACUGCACUGAUGGUAACUCCAAGUAUUUUGAAGGCCAUGUCAGAGCGUCAGUUUGAAUUCACAAGCUCCAAGCGUGUUCGUAUUGCCACGGGGACCUGGAAUGUGAAUGGGGGAAAGCAGUUUCGAAGCAACAUCCUUGGUACCAGUGAGCUGACAGACUGGCUGCUGGAUUCUCCCAAGCUCUCAGGGGUUUCAGAAUUUCAAGAUGAUGAUAACUGCCCUCCUGACAUAUUUGCAGUGGGAUUUGAAGAGAUGGUUGAGUUAAGUGCAGGGAAUAUUGUGAAUGCCAGUACAACAAAUAGAAAAAUGUGGGGAGAGCAGCUUCAAAAAGCUAUUUCCAGGACUCAUCGCUACAUUCAGUUGACAUCAGCACAGCUUGUUGGUGUUUGUCUUUUCAUCUUUGUACGACCAUAUCACGUCCCCUUCAUCAGGGAUGUAGCAAUAGACACCGUGAAGACAGGAAUGGGAGGAAAAGCUGGGAAUAAAGGGGCAGUGAGCAUUCGUUUUCAGUUCUAUAGUACCAGUUUCUGCUUUAUAUGCAGUCACUUGACUGCUGGGCAGACGCAGGUAAAAGAGAGGAAUGAAGAUUAUAAAGAAAUCACACAGAAACUCAGUUUCCCAAUGGGGCAGAACAUGUUCUCCCAUGACUAUGUCUUCUGGUGUGGUGAUUUUAACUAUCGCAUUGAUCUAACGUAUGAAGAAGUCUUUUAUUUUCUCAAACGUCAAGACUGGAAGACACUUUUGGAAUUUGAUCAACUACAGCAGCAAAAAUCCAGUGGAAAAAUUUUCAAAGACUUCCAUGAAGGGACUAUUAAUUUUGGACCAACAUAUAAAUACGACGUUGGCUCAGAGGCUUAUGAUACAAGUGAUAAGUGCAGAACCCCAGCGUGGACUGACAGAGUUCUUUGGUGGAGAAAGAAACUACCCUUUGAAAAAACAGCUGGAGAGAUCAAUCUUCUGGACAGUGAUCUGAGUGCUGAUACUAAAGUCAGGCACACUUGGACCCCUGGAGCUUUGAUGUACUAUGGGAGAGCAGAGCUGCAAGCAUCUGACCACAGGCCAGUGUUAGCUAUUGUAGAAGUGGAAGUUCAGGAAGUUAAUGAAGCUGCCCGUGACAGUGUUUUCCGAGAAGUGUCAUCUUUCCAGGGUCCACUGGAUGCCACAGUAGUGGUAAAUCUGCUAUCACCAACACCUGAAGAGAAAAAUGAAUUUCCUGAAGACUUGCGUACAGAGCUUAUGCAGAUGUUUGAGGAUUAUGGCACUGUUGUUCUGGUCAGGAUCUGUGGGGGUCAAAUGCUGGUGACAUUUGCAGACAGCAAGUCAGCUCUUCGUGUUAUGGAUAUAGACGGUGCCAAAGUUAGAGGCAGAAUAGUGAAGAUCCAGCCCAAGACUAAAGACUGGCUAAAGGGCCUUCAGGAGGAAAUUGCUCGAAAACGAGACAGCUUUGUCCCCAUGUCCCCCACGGCAAACUCUCAUCUUCUGGAAGAAAACUUUGACUUCUCAAGUUUGGACUAUGAGUCAGAAGGUGACAUAGAGGAUGAAGAUGAUUAUUUAGAGGAUGCUCUGUGUCAACACUUAGUAGCAGACACAGCAGAAGAUAUGUCGGAGCACCCUGGACACUGUGCAUCCAUAGCUCUUUCAAACAAAUCUGCGCAAACCCCUCACCUGUAUAGAGAUGAUGCAGACCUGGCCGAUUUGAAGCGGGAGCUGGAGGGAAGUGGGGAAUGCCGGCACCGGAUUCCAAGCAGGUCUCUGUCCAUUCCUACCAGGCCUCAGCCACCACAGCGGCCUCCCCCUCCUGCUGGAACAUCAGGCAAAAAGUCCCCCUCGGAUGGUUCCCUCUCUCCAGGAAACCAAUCCACCUGCUCUAUCCUGGCAACAGCAAAGCUGCUUCCUGGAGCUCCUCAGCAGCCACCUAAAGUCCGGACUGGAAUAAGCAAACCUUACAACGUCAAGCAGAUCAAAACAACCACAGCUGAGGAAGCAGAAGAAGCUAUUAGAUGUCUUAUGGAGGCCAAAGGAGGAGUACAGGAAGAUGCAGUAAAGCCUGUUCCAACCAGAAACCAAACUUCCUCCAAACCCGAGGCCCUUCCCAGCAUCACAAAGUCAGCAUCAUUUCAAGGGUCACAGGCGGGAGCGGUGCCUGUGCCCCAUCGUCCACCACCCAAAGUUCCAGCUCCAAAGAAGCCAGUGCCCCUGCAAAGGACUGGAGUCAAGGUGGAAAAUGCCACAUCUCCAGAAGAGCAAUUUGACCUACAGACAGCACAGUCUCCUUUUGGUUUGCUAGACCCCCAUCUAGAAGCUGGAGCUAUUCUUAGUCCAACCAAGAUCACUCCAGUCCCCAAACCCAGAACACAAGCUGGGAAGCCACAGGAGAGCAGGGGCAGCAGUGAAAGGCAGGCCCUGUCAGCAAGCACAGCUGAGGCCAUUGUACUGCCUCCCCAGAACACUCCCUUUGCCCCAAAGGUGCCACCACGAAGGAAGAAGUCGGCUCCUGCAGCUUUUCAUCUCCAAGUUCUCCAGAGCAGUGACAGCCCCAUUUUUAGUGGGUCACUGUUCAACUCCAACAACAACAACCCUGGGUCCUGCCCCCAGACUCACGGCCCUGCUCGCUGGGGUGCUACAGCCUCUGCCAGCCCAGAAACCAGCACCACUCAGCCCUUGGUACCAAGUGCUGCAGAACUGAUGGCAAAGCUCCAGGGCCCUUCUGCACCAGCAGGCCAGCAUCCACAACGACUGGAUACCGGCUCUCUUCCAGAGAACACCAAUGUUCUGGACCUUGACAUGCAUUCUUCCUUCCCUCUUUCCAUACAGGCAUCAUCAACUGCUUCUCCAGCACACACUUCAGAAAAUUUAAAUCACCCCAAUCAGAAAGAUUUCAGUCACUGGGUUACAUUUAGUGAUGAUGAAGACAGCAGUGCAGUGGCAGAAGGGUUCAACAAACUGCUCGUCUUAGAACAAAACAAAAAUACCUUAAUGAAAACAAAUACUGAUUUAGAGUUGUAAAAUGUUACCCCCUUAGUGUUCCAAAAGAAAUCAUAAUUAUGAUGCAAAAUAAAUCUUUUUUUAUUUAAUGCAAUAGAUCAUCUGUCCAUGCUACAUUUCAUUUUCACGUUUAAAGAUACGGCCCCUGGAGGGAAGUAUACAGAGUAUGUACAACCUAACAUACCUACAGUUCAUUUUAAAACUUCCUUAUUCUAAGUUAUUUCUUUUUAUUAAUCCAUCUUAAGAUGUUUCAUUUCAGGUACAAAUGAUAUGUAAGGACAUGAAAUGAUGUAUGGAAAAAAAGACAUUAAGAAAAGCAUUUUCCUGUGAAAUGUGUAUUUUAAUCAAUUUCUGUUUGAAAUAAAGCAUCCUUACUUCGAAGA